UGUUAAAAUUGUUUUCAUUAAUUACUGCAGUUCUCUAUUUUUGAAAAUGAUUCGUACGGUUGUUCUUUUGGCAUUAGUGGCCUUCAUUUCGGCCACCCCUGCCCCCAAAGCAGAUCCGAAACCGCACCACGCUGAGUAUUCUGCACCCUCGGUAGACUACUCGGCUCCAGUCAGCAGUUACCAGACUGUUGAACAUGCAGCUCCAGUCUCACAACAUUACGAAUCAGCACCAUCUGUAAGCUACGUCUUAUAUUCAGAACCGAGUGUCAGUAAGGCUCAUUACUCUGCACCAGCACAAAGUUCAUAUUCUUCUUACUCAGUUCCGAGUGUCAGUAGCGCUCAUUACUCUGCACCAGCUCAGAGUUCAUAUUCUUCUUAUUCAGUCCCAAGUGUUAGUAGCGUUCAAUACUCUGCACCAGCUCAAAGUUCAUAUUCUUCUUAUUCAGUCCCAAGUGUUAGUAGCGCUCAUUACUCUGCACCAGCUCAUAGCUCAUAUUCUUCAAGUGUACCUGCUAGUAGCUAUUCAUAUGCUCCAGCACACAGUUACUCAUACAGCCUUCCCGUUCAAUCAUAUUCGUAUACAGUUCCCACAAAGAGUUACUAUUACUCCUAUACCCUUCCUUCACAAAGUUACUCCUACUCCCUUCCUUCACAAAGUUACUCAUACUCCAUUCCUUCACAAAGUUACUCUUACUCCCUUCCCACACAAAGUUAUUCCUACUCCGUUCCCAGUCAAGGUUACUCCUACUCUCAACCAAGCGCUUGGCAAACAAGUUCCUCAGCACAGUACGCACCGUCUUAUGGCCACGCAUCAUCUGGAUCUUCUGGAUGGGAUAACUCUGGUUCUUCUGUAGCGUCUGGUUGGGGUGGUUCUGGUUCUUCUGGAUCUUCUGGAUGGGGUAACUCUGGUUCUUCCGGAGCGUCUGGUUGGGGUGGUUCUGGUUCUUCUGGAUCAUCUGGAUGGGGCAGUGGAGGAGGAUCCGGAUGGAGUAACUCUGCAGGAUCGUGGUAGAAUAAUUUCUACAGUAAUGACAGAUUAACAAAUGUGUCCGCUGUAUUUUUGUAACUGAUUUAUGUACAUGAGAGAUGUAACUAUAAUAGAUGUUUACAAAACAAUAAGACAAAGUU